AUGGUCCACGAGCCUGCGUCUCUUCAGCCUGCGUCUUGCGGCACCUCUGCCCUGAAGCGAAAAUCACAACAGAUGGAGAAUGAGGAUACUCCUCGAGCUAAGAGAACGCGGCCAGGUGGCUUGCAGAGCCCACUACUAACUGGCAGCCUCAGUGGGCUUGACCUGGAGGCUGCGCCCGAUCUCACUGCACAGUCCUCACAUUCAUCACAAGCGACAAGCUCUCGCAGCUCAAGUCCUUCGAAACGUCGUCGCACGCUUGCCAUACAGUUCUCGGGUCCCAUUCUUCGAGUUCUCGAUGUUGACGAGGUCGCAAGGUGGAGGGUUACCGGAAGAUCCACUGAGGUGCCUUUGCUCGAGAACCUGUUCACAGCCAUUGCUAAAACCGACGAUGCCUGGCAAAAAUCACUGAAAGAGGAAGACUUAAGAAAUAUUCAUGCUGAACUGAAACGAUGUCUUCGCAGAAAUGCCAAUGAAGAUUCGUGGAGCGAUUGGGUGGUACUGCCAAUAUUAAAAUUGGCCAGAAAGUUGUCAAACUGGCGGGAAUACGUUGAUAUUGUCAAUGUCAAAUCGAUCGAUGUUACCCCUACCACCCUUCUCAGUGGCCCAUACAAGAAACGGGUAGAUUAUUCCCUGGGCCUGGAAGUCGCAGACACCGAUACAUUCCUUGAGAUCCAACAGUCACUUGAGCACUAUACCGUGUCGCAAAGUGAUCACUGGAUGCUCAACGACCGGGCCCUCUUCUGUCACGUCGAGAUCAAGGCAGAGUCGGACCCAGCCACCGCAGAAUCUCAGCUUAAGGUUUGGUGUGCUGCCGGCUUUCGGAAGCAGGAGAGGAUAUAUAGACAAGCAAGACGCAAUGAAACAAUCACACCGAAACUGGCACCGCAGCCUCUGUGGAUUUGGGAAAAAGACAAAGUGCAUCUGUCCGUUGCGGUUAUGGACUCGACAGAGAACAGGAUUUACUUCCUCAAUCAAAAGACCUUCUUCGUCGACAGGGAUGAACCGAAGUCCCUGCGACCGGUACUAGGCAUGAUAGUAACGAUUAUGGACUGGGGCUACACCCAUUACCUGCCUUGGUUCCGAGACUUCAUCGGACGAGGGGGCUUGAAUGACUAG